CUUUAACGCCUCAUUAUUCACCGAAGCAGGGAAAUGUUUUCGUGCAUAAAGAAGAAAACAACGAGAAUAAAAGAUUUGUAAGCGUUGUCAUCAGGUUUUAAGUAAGCUUUUAAGAUUUUUCAAUCGGUAACAGGCUGAGGACUCCUUUGUAGCAACACUACCCACAAUCCAUAGCGCGGCCAUUCGGAAUGAAUGGAAGAUAUGCUAAUUGUGGCUACCAUUCAUUUCUACGAGCGCUACGGCUAAUUCUAGUUUCUGAGAAGUGUCUGCAAAAGUCUUUAUUGUCUCUGAUUCAACGCAGUUUACGACGACGAUGUCUGCAGAGGAACCAACAUUUAAAAAGCAGAAACUAGCGGAGCAUACUAUCAGACAAAAUGUGCUGUUUGGGAUGGGAAAUCCUCUGCUUGACAUUUCUGCUGUAGUGGACAAGGACUUCCUUGACAAGUAUGGACUGAAACCGAAUGACCAGAUAUUGGCGGAAGACAAGCACAAGGCCCUGUUUGACGAAAUCGCCAAGAAGUCCAAAGUAGAAUACCAUGCUGGAGGCUCCACCCAGAACUCCGUAAAGAUCGCCCAGUGGAUGAUCCAGCAGCCGCACAAGGUGGGCACGUUCUUCGGCUGCAUCGGCAAGGACAAGUUCGGCGAGAUCCUGAAGCGCAAGGCGGAGGAGGCGCACGUGGACGCGCGCUACUACGAGCAGAGCGAGGAGCCCACGGGCACCUGCGCCGCCUGCAUCACCGGCGACAACAGGUCCCUUGUCGCUAAUUUGGCAGCGGCGAACUGUUACGACAAGGAGAAGCACCUGGACCUGGAGGAUAACUGGACGCUGGUGGAGAAGGCCAGGGUGUACUACAUCGCGGGUUUCUUCCUGACGGUGUCCCCGGAGUCCAUCCUGAAGGUGGCGAGGCACGCUUCGGAGAACAACAAGAUCUUCGGCCUCAACCUGUCCGCUCCCUUCAUCAGCCAGUUCUUCAAGGAGCCCAUGAUGAAGGUCAUGCCGUACGUCGACAUCUUGUUCGGGAACGAAACGGAGGCUGCCACUUUUGCCAGAGAGCAGGGCUUUGAGACGGAAGACAUUAAAGAAAUCGCGCGGAUGGCCCAGAGGCUGCCCAAGGAGAACGAGAAGAGGCAGCGGAUCGUGGUUUUCACGCAGGGGAAGGACGAGACCGUGGCGACUAAAGGUGACGAGGUGAUGACGUUCUCCGUGGUGGACAUCGAUCAGACGGAAAUCGUGGACACGAACGGAGCUGGGGACGCUUUCGUGGGAGGCUUUCUGUCGGCGCUGGUUCAGGAACACCCCCUGGAGGAGUGCAUCCGGGCCGGGCACUACGCCGCCAACGUGAUCAUCCAGCGGGUGGGGUGCACCUUCCCGGAGAGGCCCAACUUCCACUAGCGCCGCUCUGCCACCGCUCUGCCGUCGCUCUGUGGGACCUGUUUCUCCGCUAAGAAAGAAAAGAAAAGAAAAAAAAGAAGGACCUCCUUCCCCCUCUUUCUCUCUGUCUCUCUCUAUCUCCCCCCCUCUCUGUCUCUCUCUCUUCCCACCCCCACCCUCUCCCUCUCUCUUCUCCCUCUCUCUCUCUCUCCCUUUCCCUCUCCCUCUCUCUCUGUCUUUCUCCCUCUCUCUCUCUCUCCCUUUCCCUCCCCCUCCCCCCCCCUCUCUCUCUCUCUCUCUCGCUGCCUGCAUGGAGAUUUGUGCGCCCCCUGCCCUGUGUGUAACGUGCCCAGGGUUCCCCACCUCAGCCGGUCCUUGCGUGUGUAACUGUGUGAAUGAACUUGACUUAAUGAACUUGUGUUUACUGAGGAGCUUAAUCCCUUACGUAACCGGCUUAAGAGGCUUCGAAGGCCGGUGUUUCGGAAUACUGACCUAAGUUUUUAGUUUCCUUCCGCCCCGUGUUGGAUUGCUACGUGGAAUUCACUUCAGAUCAUAUUGCCAUACCAAGUACAUUCAUGCAGUUUACUUAAGGAACCGACAGGACUGACAAAUGGGGAAUUAAUUAUGUCUGGGGAGUUCAAUAAUGACACGCUGUAGAUCACUGUAGCUUUUUUUAAAGGGUAUUUAUUGAAAUAAUAUACUGCAGCUUGAAUGCUUAACAUUUGGUUCAAGAGUAUUUAUUCAUAUAUUCUUUUCUCAAGUGUUCCGGAAGGGGGCACACUUUUUAAAAAAACCUGCUGCGAUGCAGGAGGGCUGCUGGAGUUUCCUUUUCCUGUACACUCUGCUUGCCUCUGUCUUUUUUUAAUGUCACACCGUCAAACACAAUAAAAUAAAACUUAAGACCCUGUGACCUCA